GUGAAACUCGCCUCUGGUCGACAGCAGUCUCUAGCAAUGAACAGCAGCAGCAGCAGCAGCAACAACAACAACUAGUAUUAACUGGCUUUUGCCUCCAGAAACUAUCACUUGAAUGUAUUUGAGAAGCCAGUUUCGCUGAGCUGAGGUGCUGAAUGUCCUUCCAGUGUCGGUGAAGAUGACAGCGAGAUGACUCAUCAGUGGCUUGGACAUCUGUGAUUUGACAGAAGAUGAGACUUGCUGAGGUUGUCAGGCUUGUCAUUGCUUGUAAUGAGUGCUGCUGUGGGCACACAAACCACACUGACAUGGACAACAAACUAUAGUGAAUCAUGUUUGUUGCUUUUUGCACAUUUCACUCACUAAACUAAUUAACCCUGUAAAUAAUCAUUUAGGUUUGUUUUGAAUGGCAUACAGUUGAUAAUCAAUGCUGACAAUGUCACUGGGUGAGCAGUCUCAGAAGUGGUUUCCAACCCAUGUCCAAGCCACUGUUCUUCAAGCAACUGGUUUACAGCCCAAGGGCAAAAAUGGCACCAAUGAUGCCUACACUAUCAUCCAAUUGGGCAAAGAAAAGUACUCAACAUCAGUGGCAGAGAAGACACUUAACCCCGUCUGGAGAGAAGAAGCUUCUUUUGAAUUACCUGGUUUGCUUUUGGAAGGCAACCCAGAAGUAUAUGAACUCUGCCUUAUAGUGAUGCAUCGCUCAUUGGUUGGGAUGGACAAGUUCCUGGGUCAGAGGUCCAUCAACCUGAAUGAAAUCUUUGAUAACAAAGAACGAAAGAAAACUGACUGGUAUUCACUGGAGUCCAAGCCUGGGAAUAAGAAGAAAGAACGAGGGCGUAUCCAAGUCAGCAUCCAGUUCAUGAGGAACAACAUGACAGCCAGCAUGUUUGACCUCUCCAUGAAGGAGAAACCCCGCUCGCCUUUUUCCAAACUGAAGGACAAAAUGAAGGGUCGAAAACAUGACGGCGCCUUUUGUGACACAUCUUCAGCCAUCCUGCCUCGGUCCGCCAUGUGUGACUCAGAGCCCAACCGUCAGUCCUUUGUCCCAGAACCACAACCCCAGCCUGAAGCAAAGGUCAAGAGACCACUACUCGCGGGGACCCAUAAACUCUCUGCUGCCCAUUCCAUGUCAGAUCUGAUUGGGACCCAUUUUCGACCCAAACUAGACUCCAUGAACUCCAUAGAAGAAAGUGGCGGUCCUCACAGGCGUUCCCAGAGCGAGGUGCCAGGAUACCAGGACAACGAGGCACACGGUGACCCUUUCACUGAUAUCAGUGACACCCUGCCACAGAAGUAUGCCACGCUCCCACGCAACCGCAACCCAUUUGAGGGGGAGCAAGGGCAGCUGUGGGACCGGGCAGAGCGGAAGGAGAAAAAGGAGAAGGUCACUCUACUGGAACGCGUUACAGGAAAGAAGGAUGGCCGCAAGACCAGCAAUGGGGGGCGUUCGGGAAGCUCUGGAGACCUGCGUGCCCCAAACCCCUUCAGUGGAGACUUGCAAGCCGACACUAACCCGUUCAGUUCUAACUACAAAGCCAGUGAUAAAAAGUCAGCAAGAAAUGAAAACAUCACCUUUGGCCAGAAGAAGGGCAUCAAUGGCAAGAAAAAUGAGGCGACACAGGAAAGCGUGGCUGCCUAUAGCAACUUGUCUUUUGAAGAAGUUGUGCAGGAACUCAUCAAGCAGAAAGAAGUGGUGAAAAAGAAAGAUGCCCACAUCAGGGAGCUGGAGGAUUACAUCGAUAACCUACUUGUGCGCGUCAUGGAGGAGACACCGAGCAUUCUACGGACACCCUAUGAGCCAAAAAAGAAGGCGGGUAAACUUUGUAAAAAGUAGAAAGAAGAGACAGCAUGAAAAGUCAGUGAUGAGGGUUUAGCGGUAGCUCUUAUAUCAGUACGAUCCGGUAAAAAUUAGUGGGAACAAAUGGGAUUGAUCACAGACGAUUUUAUGAUUCACUUAUGUUAUAGCUUUGUAUUUUUGUAUUUAGUGGAUGUAGUUUUUAGAAACUUUUUUUUUCAAUGUUUUGGUUAUUUUAGUUCAUGGAGUUUUUAUUUUGACCUCUUUGUUUGGCAGAAAUCUCAUUCCAAUAUUUCAGAUUUCAGAUGACUUAAUGAAUACAUUUUUUUGGUGCUUAAACAGAACAAGAAAAAAAAAAUCAUUGAUUUAGUCAAGUCAAGGUUUUGAUUAGGUUAUUAGGUUGCUGUAUGAUAUGUAUCCAAGAGUUCUGUUGCACACACAGCUGCCGUCACCUGCUCAUAAAUUCUUAAAGGUUCAAAUGCAGACAAAUUCAUGUUUACUAGAUGCUCUAGUUGCAGUUGUGUGCUGUUUGCUGAAAGAUGGCAAAAUGUUUCAUACAAUGAAGCUGUAGUUACUGUUUUACACUAAAAUAUGAGUCUGCAACUAGGAAACAUAUGUAGCAGAGGCAGCAUCGGCUUCUUUUUUGGCCUCUUCUACCCUCUCAGACCUAAUAGCCUGAGUGAUUCAUGGGUAUUCUUAGAAACACUGGAGGAGAGUUACGGUAAGAAGUUGUUUUGACAGUAUCUGGGAGACUGAUGACUGUCUAGCUUACUGAGUCAUGCAUUCAAAAAAAAAAAGAAACGAACAAACUCGCAUUCCUACCAUCAGCUACCGACUUCCCAUUCUAUAUUUUGUUUGUGAUGACUAUCAUAUAAGUUUUUUAUGGACAAAUAGACACCUGCUGAAUAUAAUCAUUUUACCGAGUUUAAGUGCAAUAAUCAUAACUUGCUUUAUGUUCUGCUGGUAAUGUUCUUGUUUACAAUUUAAUGGCAUCUUUAAGUAGAACUCAUCUCUUAAUAUUGGUUUUAUUCACUAGUAAGGCUUGGAGUUCUUUGUUUGCAGCCUGCAAAGAUUGCCCAGUUCUUUCAAAUACAGUUUUUGCUGAAGAUUGUGUUUAUGGUACCUAGCUGAACAUGUCGAUAUAUGCUGACCAAUCUUAAUUUAUGGAUCGUGCAUUUACAUAUGAACAUUAUUUUAAUAUAUUUGUAUGGUACUUUAUGGUGAAAAUGCUACUGUAUCUCAAUACCCACACCCCUACCACCUUGAACACUUACAGUUAAAAUUCCCCCAAAAUGGGUCAUUUGAUUUAGUUUUUAUCUUGUAAAAUCUUACAGUUACAGUUUUUAUACGUAAUUCUCAUGAGCGUUAAUUUAAGUUUGCCUUUAAGGAAAUACUAGUCACAUAUUAUGUACUGUGCCUCAAUAUAUUUCAGCUAUUUUUUCCUUUUUUGUAUUAUCAAAACAAUCCAAAUUCUAACAUUCACGAAAGAUAUAACUGCUUAUUACCAGUUCACUAAGUACUAAUGAUAAUCAAUUCCUCAUUGUUCAAGGUAAACAGCCAAUGAUUGUCAUUUAGGUCACAAACAACUGUUUCACAUCCCAUAUCACAAGCUAACUGUCCUCAUUUCACAGUUUUAUGUCAACUUAAUUUGUUGCCUCACUCUGUGAUACUAAUGUCAUAACAACAUAUGUUGUUUCCAUUGUUAAACGUCGCUCUUUAAUUGUCUUUAACACUUUCCACUGAACAAACUGAGUGAGCUAUGGGGCAGCUGUGAGAUUGCACUGCUGGUACUAAAAUUAAAUUACUUCUUAAGGUUGUAGUCUCAGAAAGAGGCAAGUUUUCAAUCACCUAUACCUGUGUUUGUGUUAGAUAUUAAAUAAUAUACAGUCAGUUACUGAUGUUUAGGUUUACAUUUUUGAAUUGUUUAUUCCUAUUUAAUGGAAGCGACUUAAUGUACAGUGUUAAACACACUUCGUGUUAUCAGAGUUUUCUCAAGGUUGCACACCUUUUUUAAUGAUGAAUGAAAACGUCUUUAUCAGAUGAUGAUCCACCUUGUCCUUUUUCUAAUAUUUAUACCUUAUUUGUAAUUACAUCUUCAUAAUAUUUGACCUUUACACUGUAUGAUACCAAAUCACAGCUGAGACAAAGUGCUACACUGUAUAUAUGGAAUGUCAACAGUCAAAAACACUUGUCAAUUUUCAUUUUUCAUGAAUAGUGCGCCACACAGAAACACAUUUUGUCAUGUGCUAAUUAUUUCUGCUGCUGUGAGAGUAGCUAUUUGAUCUGACGGUAUGCUAUCUAUUUUUGGACUUGAAGCCAAAAUCUCUUGUUACUGAAUGUAUUCUGGUUGGCUUUGAAAUACAUAAUUCUGAAAUGUAUAAUAAUACACUAACAAGGCCAUUGAACCUUGCUUGCCUUUAAAGUAUUUGGUGUAUCCAAAGAGAUCAUUUCACAUGGUUCCUUCUUUCUGCUAGUCUGACAAAACUCAGACGUCUUCAUUAUGGAUGAGUGAUGAUGUGACACAGAUCUUGGAUAAAUUGUUUUGGAGAAAAGUUAUCUGAUUUGCAUAUAUUUUGAUAAAGCCAGAAAUGUUUGAAUCAGUACAUAAAAUGCUGUGUAUUAUGUGAUGUUAAUUAAGAAGAUAUGUGGAUAAGAAUCUGUUUUCCAUUACCGAAGAGCUUCUCACUGAUUGCCUUCCUGCUCGUGCUGAAGUGUUGACUCUCCGUCUUCUCAUGUUACAGGCUUUACCAACAGCUUUAUGUGGUCUGCACUGGUAGUUGGCCACUUGUUCAUGGACCUUGCAGAGCUCUUAAUACUUCCAUUGUACAUACUUUAUAGUCAGUUUAUAGUGACAUUUCACCUCUUUUGACUUUUUGUGCAUUUUGUUGUGCUGUAAAAUGUUUGAAAGUGGACUAGGAUGUAGUCUGUCUGACAUUCAUUCAAAGUACAAGUUAAGUGGAAUUCAGUUGGGAAUUCACCACAGUUCAGUGGGAAUAAAAAUGUAAUGCUGAGGAAAACUCUUCACCACCCAUGUUUUGCCAUCUGACAUUGGCAAACAGUUAUUUGUGAUUCGUUUUAAUAGUUUUCCUUUUUGUAGCUACAGAUAAUUUGUCUCUGUGAGCAAAGCCAAUAUGUGGAUUUCUGGCAAUAUGUAGAUCAUAUUGUGCAUCAUAGAGUAAUGCUCAUACAUGGAGUAUGGAACAGGUGAUUUACAUGUGGUCUACAUUGUGCCCUGAAGCCCUACUGCAUUGCUUGAAUGAUGAAAUAACAAAAGAUAAGGUCUUAACAAUGUUGAAUUUAUUUAGACCCUUAGGUUAUUUAGUUCGAAUGAAAAAUGAGGGGUGAGUAGUUCAAAUUAAUUAAUUUUGCCUGUCAUUUUUUCUUUUAGCUUGAUUGCUGCAUUUGCUUUAUGCUUUGAUAUAAUUUGGUGCUUUGCUAGAUGUCAGCCCAAAACACAAAUCUAAAUGAAAAGCAUUUUCAAAUCAUUUUCUAGCACAACAUUGUAAAGGGGUACGUUGCAAAAAGCCCUGCAUCAUUAUUAUACAUCUUCCUUGCUGCUUUGCAUAAUAUUUGUUAUCCAAUUAAUGCCAGUGUUUCAAUUUACACUGGAGUCAAACUGCUUAGAGGCAAAAUGUCCUAUAAAAGUUGUCUUUUGGCCUGUAUCAUAAUUCAAGUCCAUGAGGAUUGUUUUGUACGUGAAUUGAAGUGUAAGUUUUGCUGAAUGCCCGCCCCAUUCCAAAAACAGUGCAAACAUAUGGGGACUUGUUUCAUGUUGAUGAAGCAUGCAUUGAACCAUUUGAUGAAGAUGACAUAAAGCUAGAGUUGGAUCUCACAAUCCUCCUCUGGCAGUCUUUUAAGUCUUCUCCUGAUAAUAUGAUGCUGCUUGCCAUAGGCCACAUACAGCUGCCAGACACUAAGACUUAAGCUCUGGCUAAAUCCCUUGACGGCGCUUGUAAUGUGGCACACAGUUUUGAAGGAAAUGAUGACUGUGUUUAUAAAAGAUCUCGCCAGUUAGUGAAGCUGAAUUGACUUUACAGAAUUGCAUGAAAGGCGGUGUGCAGAGGCCAACACAACUAAAUAUAAUACAAGUUGAGUUUAGUGGCCCCAACAUGGAGGAGACCUGAAAUGACGUUUUCAUACUAACAUGUUGGUUUUCUUCAGGUGGUAGUCGAUGUGAUCAGGCACAUUCCUUGUAAUGUAAGAUAAAGUAAAUGGAUGUGUUUGGAUUCUUGUCAUCUCUGCAUAUAAAUUACGUGUUUUGAUUAUUUAACUUUUUAUGUUGUUGCCAAAUUAUAUGGCAUUUUCCCGAUCCAGAAUCCAUUAAUUACGCUAGAUUGGGUUCAUUUUCAUCAGCCCUCAUCACACAACGUCAUUGUGAUGUAUUUAUCUCAGAACUGUAGAGAGUGUAAUUUGGUUAACAAAUAUUCUUUUAUGUUUUGUUUAAUAUUUUCACUUAAUUGCCAAUAUGCAAGAUUUUCAUACCUGGAUGUUUGGGGACAAGAAUGUAUGGUUUUCCUUUUCUUUUUAUUCUUGUAGGUCUGGAAACACAUUGGGGUCUAGAAGAUGUAUGUAUUAUAACAGUAUAAUGCUGUUAAUGGUGACUAUAUGUGAUGUGCCAACACAAGCACUAAUUCAGUUUGGUGAUGCAUUUCUUAAUAUUCACAAAUUAUGUACUACAGUUCACACAUUAACUUUAAGAUAUUAUUAUCACCAUCAUUAUAAUCAAAUCCCAAUCUUCUACUGGAUGUAGUUUGAAGGGCACAAGCAAGAUUGUAUUGUCCCUUACAAUAAACUCAAUCCAAAUGAAAA